CCCACUGCAGGCCUUGACCUUGGGGAGGGCGGGGGCUCACGACGGCGCCGACCCCACGUGUCGUAGCGGUGUCUGGUUGGCUGUGCCGAGGCUCCGGGAUCGCUCCAGACGCACGUAGACGCUAAGCGAAAGCAGAUACACGAAAGCGGGUGGUGGUGUCCCUUUGCGGGUGCGGACUCGCUGGCCUCCCCUCCAGGUGUCCAGGUCUUCACUUCCCUGGUCCUCAGAGGGUCCUUUCCCACGGUGCUUCCUUUUAUCGUGGCAUCGGCCACACUUGCCGGCGGAGCUAUCACCUGGGCCACAUGCUACCCCGUUGCCCGGAUGUUUGACCCACGGUGGGAAAAGGCAGCUCCAGGUUGCGUGUGAAUGGACAGGGCCCGGGGGCCUCGGCCGAGCUCGGCCAGUGUCCAAGUGCGGGAGCUGAGCUGGCAGGGCCAGCACAACCCUCGCCCGCAGAGCAAGGCCCCAGGCAGCCACGGAGGUGGCUGCAGUGAACUCCUGAUGGAGGAGUACCUGUCACCUGCCCGACUGCGGGCGCUGGCCCAGAUGCCUGACCUCCGGCUGGUGAGCACGCUGGAGAUGUGUGUCGAUACGCGCGAGCACAGCCUGGGCAACUUCGGGCUGCACCUGCCCAGCCUCAGCCAACUCAAGUUGAAUGGCAGCCGCCUGGGCUCUGUGAGAGACCUGGGCACCUCCCUGGGCCGCCUGCAGGUGCUGUGGCUGACUCGCUGCGGCCUGGGGGACCUGGACGGCAUCGGCUCCUUCCCGGCCCUGAAGGAGCUCUAUGCCUCCUACAACUGCAUCUCGGACCUCAGCCCGCUGUGCCUGCUGGAGCAGCUGGAGGUGUUAGACCUGGAGGGCAACGGCGUGGAGGACCUGGGGCAGGUGUGCUACCUGCAGCUGUGCCCAAGGCUGGCCACGCUCACCCUGGAGGGCAACCUGGUGUGCGUGCGGCCAGGCCUCCACAGCGAGGUGCCGCAGGGCUAUAACUACCGGGUGGAGGUGCGGAGGCUCAUCCCCCAGCUACAGGUGCUGGACGAGUUGCCAGCCACACACACAAGCCUGCCGGCCUCCCGGAAGCUGGACCAGGACUGGCUCGUGGUGAAGACGGCCAUCCAGGAGGGCAGAGUCCUGGACGGCCUGCUCCCCACGCUGGAUGGUCCCCAUGGAGACCCCAUUUGGAGACUCAGCCCUGAGCGAGCCCUGCCUGAGACCCAGCCCCCGGCCCCCGGGCCCCGGCCCCUGGCCCUUCCCAAGGACGUGGCUCCAGAGGAUGAUGCCAGCAACCUCACCCACGGCGCCGGCCGAGUCCUCUGUGGGAACCCCACCAAAGGCCUGCGAGAGCGUCGGCACCGAUGCCAGGCCUGGGCGCCCCCAGACCAGCUGCUUGCACGGAGGCCGGGAAGCCUGGCCACCAGGGCUUCUCCCCUGAAGCCUGACCCUGCAGACAGCCGCGACCUCUUGGCACUGGGUGGAUUUCAGGCCUGGAGGGGGCUGUGCCUGCGGCAGCUGGAGUCCUGGCAGGAAGAGGCCAAAGUCCCCCCGGGACCAGACCGGGGCCCUGAAGAACAAGAGGAUGAGACCGGGCCCAAGACUUCCCCCAGCCCCCUGAGCAUGGCCUCAGAGCCUUCCAGAACCUCGGGCUACAACCUGCUCCCCACUCCCCCCAAGCUCCCCAUGCCACCUGAUUCGAGCAGCCCGUGGGGGUCCACAGACCUGCAGUUCCGGGGGCGACGGCUCAGAGCUUUGGGCAGCUCAGGGCCUGGCCUAAAUCAGCGGCUGGCUGCAGUGGCUGCUCUGAGAGCCCUGGAGGUGGCCUCAGGCCCCAGCCCUCGAGACCAAGGAUGUCCAGACCCAGCAGCCAGACACCCAGCCCUCCGGUGCCUGCCACCCCUGAACCCUAUCACCCCAGCCCAAUCCCACCCCUAGUGUAAACCCCACCCACUGUCAAGCUGCCCAGGACUGUGGCCAAGGGGCCCCCCCCUUGGUGGUCGAAGCCUCAUGGAACCCAGAGCAUCAGGGCAGGUGUGUUGGGGGACUGGGUGGUGGGCCUGGCCUCCCUCUUGGUGGAGGGAAGUGGGGACCUGCACCACCAGGGAGGGUACACAGGUGAGAGCCCAGAACAGCCCAGUUCCCCACCCCUGGCCCAGCUGCCCAUGGCUCCCACAGGGCCUAGCCUUCCCCGGAGGAGUGGUCAGAGGAGCGGCCUGGAAGAGACUGGGUGGGGCCCAGGCCGCGGUGGCUGAGCGGCGCCGGCUUGGCCCCUGGCAGGCCCUGCAGCCACCCCUGGGCCACUUGUUCCGUGGAGAGGCGCUCGCCCUAGGCGGAAGGGAGUGUAACCAGGCCUCGCAUCCCCGGAGGAUUUGUGGGGCUGGGGAGGUGGGGGGCAGGAUAGCCAGAAAGCAAGCGAAUCAUUUUCGACUCAGGUGUACAGAAACGCGGUUUACUUCGUAGGCGACGUUGGUUCAAUAAAUUAUGCAGCUGGCACUGCCUGCCUCCCACGACUCUCUCCCGCACCGGGUGCUGCCCGCCGCCGCAGUCACGGCGACGGCCGGUGAGUGCAGGCGCCAGAAGUGCUCGCCCGCUCUACCCUGGCGCUA